UACAAAUAGAUCAUGACUAUCUACAUUUCCAAGGGUAGUGUAAUUAAGUAUAACCUAAGUCUUGAUUACGGAAUACGAAGAUGUUGGAGAUACGUAGGUGAGCCUUAUGAUACGAAAGUUAUAUCCUGAAGCUAUCAGGCCACUGAUCGACUUUCAUAUCUAAGUACAUGACGAAAUAUCUAAGGGUUCAUGAGUAACCUGUUGAAGGUGGUCUAGCUCAUCGAAUUAUUUGAGCUUUUCUAGGAUCAGAUCACUGACACACUCUACAACCGUAUGAGGAACAAAAAAGGUAGUGGGUUUGGUGCCAAGUGAAUCGAAUAGAAUAACUUGUCGUGACAUUGAGCUAGUCAUAUAAACUAAUUUUUACGUCUUAAUGUCAAACCGGAUUGAAAGAUAUAAUUCAGAUUAACAAAAUCAAAAUAUCAUAGUACAAUGGAAAUCUAUAAAAAAAAUAAUGAUAAAAUUAAAAGUUGGCAGAAAGACCAUUUGACAAGAGUCAAGAGGUUUAAACCACUUGUGUUCGUCUCUAUGUACUAGAAUUGAAUUUGUACUGUUUCAAGUUAGGCCACCAUGGUUCUAUGGUGUAGUGGUUAGCACUCUGGACUUUGAAUCCAGCGACCUGGGUUCGACUCCCGGUAGGACCUUUUUUUAAAUCCAUGUCCUUUCUUUUAACAAAGCAAACAAACCGAUGUCACUCUGAAAUCCUUUGUAGUGAGAAAAAAAGGUACUUAUUUCUAUUAGAGUUGGUUAAGGAAGGGUUAAGCUAAGGGUAACGUACUUUCAGUUCUUGGAGAUGCCUUGAAGGCGAUGCUUGAUUUAUUUUUGUUUUUCAAAUCAUUCUUUGAUGCCAACUUAGCUCUCACGGAACAGGUUUUCAUUGACCUUUCUUGUUGACCUUAGUGAAAUCUAAAUCAUACCGUUUAAUUCUGUUAUUUAGCAUUCUCCUAAGUUUCCAGUUUUACGAUCCCAAGGACACCCUUCUUCACAUUUCCACGAUUCUUGCCACCUACCAAUGUUGAUAAAUGCUGAGUUAUGGUUCUUGAAUCUGUUUAUAACCGUUGUUUUCAGUUGAUGAUUGAUGAUAUCAUCGAUCCUGAGUCGUUCAGAAUGUAUUCUUGAGUUGCAGAUACUUGAUUCUAUAGUUUCACAUGGAUGCUUCUUGAGAGAAUGUAGUGUGCAGCACUCUAUUGUGGGCAUACUACAUAAGCUGCAGUCCAUAAGUGUAGGGAAGAACACCAAGAUUAGGUCUAAGUAUAACAGAAGCUGCAGUCCCGUCUCUAAUCUGUAACAUUCAUUGUCUUACUUGUAGUUGUGCAAAAUGCAGGAACUGUAUGUUUGUAUCAUUGACAAGAAUGCCAAGAUUGGGAAAAACGUGGUGGUCAUAGCAAAUACAGAUGUAUAUGUUGUUUUGGUUACAUCUUUUGUUGAUUUCAAAAAAUUUCCAUUGUCCAAUAUUUGGUUUGUUUUAGUUGAGCGUGGCAUUAAUUACAAGUCUGUCGAACCGGAGUUAUGGAGAGUCCGUAGAUGGUUUAUGUAACCAAAUGAUCUAAAAAAUCUUCAAUGUUACAUGGUAAAAGUGCUUUUAUAUAAUUUCAACAUGUGUCAUAUGACACUCUAUUAGUCCAUGUAGGUCCGCCUCUGAAUCUAGGUCUACCACACGUAAAAUGUUGAGGUAGAAAAAUAGUUAUUUAAUCUUUUUUUUUUUAAUUAGUUAUUUAAUCUAUUGAAUCUGGUUUAUUUGUAAGUUUUGGUUUCGAUGGUGAAGCACAAUUGGUCUUUCUCAUUAGAAAAAAAAAGAGAAGUAAAACCUGGAUAGACCAAGCUUUGAUUCAUUUAUGGUUAAUAAUGUGAAUGUUUCUGUUUACAUGAAUAGCUUUUAAAAGUUUAAAGAAACAAUUAAUUAGCUUUGAAUUAUUUUAUUUACCUCUUUUAUUUCAAAAGAAACUAAUCCUAGAAGAAUCUUUCAACAACUUCAAAUGAUGGAUCUAAGUUCCUAUUCUUAUACACCUAGUUGUAGAUUUCAAUAAAGAGGUUAAGAAAACGACUACCAUAAUAGUCAUAAAGAGUUUCUUCAAUGUGUUCUAGGAAAUUUCUUGCGUCUUUUGCAAUAGUGGUAUUGUAUUUUAUCAACUCAUACAAACUGCAUACAUAAGAUUCAACCAAUGAAAUAUAAGCCUCUCAUAUAUUCUCAUGAGCCUUGUAGUCCAAAAUGUUUUUGAAAUUUAUCAACACUGGAUAUAUAACAAAAUAGUACAUAUGCUACAAGCUUUUGAAAAAUUUUCCUCACAUAAUACCAAAUAUAAAUUAAAAUAAAUGUUAUUAAUUAAUUGGAUUAUUUUAAACGAGAACAAUGUCAAACUAACUAGAAAACUGUAAUUUCCUAUAGUUCAAGGUGUACAAUUGAGAGAACGUUUAACCAAUUGAUAUUAAAUGUUUACGAAAUGUUGACCCUUUUGGUCAUCAAGUCUUUCAAAAGCUUAUGUAUUAUUCACAAAUGAACAUAUCACAGGGGUUUUGGAAGCGUCAUUCAACCACUUAUUCAGUUUUAAACGCUUUGUGGCGAUUUGCAUGGAUAUACACUUUUGAUAUUAUUUUUAUGUUUACUUGAUAUGAACCUACUAAUUAUAUGUAAUUUAUCUUAUGUAUUUUGGUUUGAGAUAACAUAACACACACAAUAAAAGAUUUGGUGUGAUAAUUUGGCUCCAAAGAGCAAAUAUCUUGCUUUAAGAUAAUUGUAUGCCAUAUUGUCCUACAUUUGACCAAAAUCACCUAUGUGAAAACACGACCAUUUAAUAAUGUUUUAAUUCACUAAUUUUUCUCAUUCAAAAACUAAUAUAAGUUUUAUCUUCAUUUUUAAAAAAAAAUAACAAUCACUCAGAAAUAUCUAAUUUGGUUUAUUGUAUAAAAACACAAUUUUGUAGUUAAUCAAAAUUGCAUCUCAUUAUUUUUUUUAAAUGCAUAUUGUUCUCUCAAAUGAUGUCACUAGAAAUAAUGUCUUUUGAUUUGUUGGAGAAACGUAAACAUCACAAACCAUACACAAUUUUUAUAAAAACCAUACAUUAUCUAGUGUUUUAUUCAAGUAGUUGUUCAAAAUUAUUAUCAAAAUAUACUUGAUCAACAUGAUUGUUGAAUGCUUCAACAUCCCAUUCAAACUUAAAAGAUAUUUUAAUCAGGAAGAUGGCCAUUAAUGUGUGGAAAGUGAAUUGUUACAAAUAAAAUAUUUGCAUGAGUUACACAAAUAACAUAAUUAAUGUUAGUCAUUUUACCACAUUUUGGUUCUUAUUUUGAAUUCUAGUUUUUGUUCUUCGGAAAUUAUAUGGUCCAGUUGAAGUAGAACUGAAAAUAUUUAAUGUUGGUUCUUUUUUUUGUUCCAUAUUUUCUACAAUAUAACAAGCACUUACAAAUAUGUAAUGUUGGUUCUUUGUUUUAUAAACAUAACUUCGUAGUUAAUCAAGUUUUAAUUUAAUUAGUUGUUUUAAAUGCAUAACAUUUUUUAAUGAUGUUUAUGAAAGUGAUAUUUUUACUAUUUAACAAAAGAUUUCAAAGGAUGUUUUCAUGAAACAUAAACAAAACAGACGAUAUAUUAUUUCUAAAAAUCAUGGACGUAAUAGUUAAUGCUCAAAACAUAUGUAUGACUUGCUAUAGAUAUGCAUGGAUUAUACAAGUAACUUAACUAUUGUUAGUCAUUUUAUAGAUCAUAAUUUGUUUUUAUUUUGAAUUAUAUUUUCUAUUCAUCAUAAAUUAUAUGGUCUAAUUGUGUGAGAAUUAGAAAAUUAUCAAGUGGCAUGUAUUCUUUCUUUAUAUAUAUAUAUAUAUAUCGAUGUGAAUUAUGUGUAACUUUUUUAUAAUACUAAGUACGGAGUCAAAUAGAAAAAUUGAUUGAGUAGUAGAUAAUUCAACUAAAAGAAAUCAUAAGCAAACCACUAGUUAAAAUUAAUUUAAUUUUUAUGUAUCUAUUCAUAAACUACGUGACUCUCAAUGAGACUAUGUAAUUGUCUCUCAGUUAAAAGUAAUGAUAAUAAUUUAGAUUUAUUUUGUAUGAAAUCAUCAAAAAAAAUUUAUUUUUGGUGUUAUGUAGGAUGAAACUGUUGUGUCGUAUUAACAAAAAAAAUUAUAAUGACAUGCUAACAUAUAUGAAAGGAAAGGAAAUGAAAGGAAAGGAAAGGAAAGUACUUGAAAGUCUCAACGUUUGGAGAUGAGGGGACAUCAUGUUGAUAUAGAUGGUGGUGGUUUAUAAUUUAUGUUUUGAUUGUUGUUAAAAAAAGAAUAAUAUUUAUUUAUAAAUGUUUCUAGUUUUUCUUUACUUUUUAAUGGGCCUUAAAACUAUGUGAUUCUAUUUAUCUAUAUUGUGGCCCAUAUUUCAGUUGCAUUUACCAUGAAAAUUACAUCUUGCUAGAAUGGAAAGCUGAUGAAAGACUUCAUUUUCUUCCUGGUCCACAUAUGCACUUUCUCUUAUAUAUUUUAACUUUUACAAUGGAGAUGAGAAACAGAAAUGGAGACUGAACCCCAAGCCCCUUAAAUUCCGCUUUUAAUUGCGUAUCGAGUGAAUUUAUAUGCUUUAAAAUAGUAUCUACUGAAACAAAUUGAGUAACAAUCAGAUUGCCAAAUUAAUUAUGACAUUAAGUGUUCUGAAACAAAACCAGAAAAUACGAUAUGCAUGGAAGGAAGACCCUUACUAUAUCAUGAGUGAUUCUCAAGAUUGGUGAAUUAUUAAACUGAUUAAUAUCAUCUGUGUUAAGUAAUGUCUAUGUAAUUUUUCUUUUUCUGUGUGUUUGGGUCUCCCAAAGAUCGUUUGCAAAAAGUUGUCAUUAUUAACAAUGGACCAAACUCGCAUGCUCAACGUUUAUCAUCACCAUUUAUAAUUACAGACACCGACUUUCUAUAUUUUUUAUUUAUUUAUAUUCCCAGCCUCAUAUCACCGUUACUUCCCGCCUCACGUUGAUGAUAUAUCAGAAUAUUUUGUCAUCAUAUGCACUUUUUUUUUUCUUUGGUAGGCUGGUAGCUAUCACAAACGAUCACAAAAUAACACAAGUUUUUUCAUAAAAGCUAAUGAUCGUCGGCUCAAGUGGGUCAUUGGUAUAUAUAGGCUUCUUCUUCACUACUACUAUAAUAUUUAAUGUAUAAUGAACGUCGAGUUCUAACUUCUAUGUCACAAUGAAGUCGUUUAUUAUCGAUGCAAAGCAUAUUUACAAUUCUUUUUGUUUUUAUUUUAAAGUUUACUAAUAAAUUGCAAUUAUGUAGUAUUUGACAUAUUUAGAGUUAUUGAUAUACAAAAGGGCAUUUGAGAGUCUAUAAGUACCACCGAAAAUGGUUAUUGAGAGGUUAAAGAUGCUAAUGAGCAACAAAACAAACAUCGUAUUUUCUAACUUGGUCCCAUGAAUUUAACAAAUUAAAAACUUCACAAAAGCAAAAUUCUUUUUUAUAAUCUGGCGUUAUGUUUGACUUUUGGUGGCUUAUCCUCAUGCUCAUGCAUACCAGACUACUCUGUAUUGUUUUUAGCAUCAUCACACUCAAUUGCUUUGGUCUAACUUUAAUUUUCAUCUCUAAGUGCAUGCCUUUCGUGUCCUUUAAGGCUAAUUGCUCUGAUUUAUGCUGCUUUUAGGUAAAGUAUAAUAUAAUAAUGUACAUAUAUUAUUCAUUUAAUAUUUCUUUAAACGAAUUCUGUCAAAGUGAAAGACUAACAUUUAAUAAAUAAUAGAAAAGGAGGAAGUAAGAAAAACACAUAUUGAUGAUUAUAUGCACGAGCAAGAGGAGAUUUUAAGAAUUGUACCAAGGGAAACUCACCAUAUUACGCGGUAAAAAAAAUUAUAAACGCAUGCAAUUAUAUAUAUUUUUAAGAAUUAAUUGAGCUCUUUUUUUUUUAAUAAUAGUUUCUUAUUGAUCUAUCUUCUUCGAUCGGUCUGGAGAAAAAUACGCUCAAUGCUAUAGAGUUGACUAAUCAGAAAGCUCAAACCAAGAACGACCACACAUUGAUAACUUGGUUUCUACCACGGAUUGAACUCAAAACUAACAGGUUUAGAACACCCCCAUUGAGGGUUCAUGGGGGGAGUUCACACAGAAAUUAAGAAAAAAAAAUAAUAAAAUAAUUCAAUCCCAUGAACCCCUCUCUCCUAAAGCUCUCUUGGCUGAACCCCUCUCUCCUAAAGUUCAUUACUGUAGCGCGGACCCCACGUGUCGUGGCGGCCCGCGAUUGGUCUAGUUUUUUUUUUUUUUUUUUUUAAAAAACAAAAGGAAAAAGAAAAAAAUUUUAAUAAUAAAAAACUAAAAAGAUGAACCCCAAAAAGGGGUUCAUUGAUGUGAAUGCUCUUACAAUGAACUUCAAAGAUUAAUAUCAGGCUACACCACUUGAUUAAGAAAAAGUUGAACUCUUUGUAUUUUAUAACUAGUUUAAGGUUGAGCAAUAUCAAGGCACAUACGCUGAACGGACCUAUAAUAAUCAACAAGACCAUUAGUAACUAAACUUAUUUGGUUAAACUGAACUUUGAGAUUUUAUAUAUAUAAAUAGUGGUCUUUUACGUCGAUAUAAUGCAAUCUUAGACCAUCUCCAAUGGCUUACUCUAUUUUUUACUCUAAAAUAGAAUAACUCUAUAAUAAAGUUUGAAUUUACUCCAAUAGUACUCUAUUUUAGAGUAGAAAAUAGAGUGAUGAACAAAAAUAAAUAAAUUACUCUAUAUUUGGAGUAAACUUAUUUUUUACUCUAUUAUAGAGUGAGAAAUAAAGUAACAUUGGAACAUUUUUUACUAUAAAUUAUAUUUUUGAGUGAAAAAUAGAGUGAGGUUGGUGAUGUUCUUAGAGCAAGUCCAUUGAAGGUUCAAAGGGGGGUCAUGGGCUGAGUUUCAUAGGAUUUUUAAUCCAAAAGAAAAUGAAAAAUGGGUCUUUAUCUCUGAACCGGGCCGUUGGAGAGAGCCCGCAUGAAACGAGUUCAAGCCACGUGGAGAAGAGUUAUUGGCUGUUGAGAUGCGCGUUGUCGACGGGGAAUGGAGAAGAAACGCGUGAAUCUCCUCAUUUCCUCCUCUCUCCAAAAAAGCUAGGGUUUGCGACUCGAGAGGCGAUUGUUGUAGCGACGCCGACGAUUCUUGUAGCGACGCCGAUCCAGAGCAAAAUUGUCCAUCAAAUCGACGCGUAGUGAGAUCUCAUCGACCUGAGGUAGGUUUUCGAGUUGGUGGCUUCGUCUGAUUGUAUCGAUUUAGGGUUUUCUUUGUUAGGGUUGAAUAGAGUCUGCGAUCCGAAAAAGAUUUGGGGGUUUAUUUGUUAGGGUUUUCUUUCUUAGGGUUCAAUACGGUGUGCGAUCUUUAAUCGAUUAGGGGGUUUCUUUGUUAGGGUUUUCUUUCAUAGGGUUCGAUCCAAUGUGCGAUCUUAAAUCGAUUUGGGGGUUUCUUUGUUAGGGUUUUCUUUCUUACGGUUCAAUAGAGUGCGAUAUGAAAUCGUUUUGGGGGUUUCUUUGAUAGGGUAGUAAAGCGUGUUUCUGGUUUGAUAUAGGGGUCGUUUGUAUCAUUCUGGUUUGAUAUAGGGGUCGUAUUACUUAAUUGUUUCUCUUCCUCUUGCAGAUGGAUCCCGCAGAAGAAAGACGACAUUCAAAGAAGCAAAAGGAUCACUGCGACAUGUUAGGGUUUGUCGCGGAUUCACAGUACGGGGUUCCAAGAAAGUGUGCUUGCGGCGGGAGAAUCAUUGACGAGGUUCGGGGGAAGGAAGACUACGACAGUCUUCCUGGAAAGCGUUUCUUCACAUGCGUAAACUAUGAGGAUGAUGGGUUGCAUUACCGUCAUCCUUGGGUGGUUGCUGUCCAGGAAGAGAUCAAAACGCUGAGCACGCGUCUGGAUGAGGCAGAGGAGGUUGUGAAGGGGGUGUGGAAACUCAAUAAACGGAUUAAGGACCUAGAGGAACAGGUUUCAACCCUGUCCGAGCAGGUUGAUGAUCUCACUGUCGAGGUGGGUACCCUUGAGAAGGUGUGUUUCGACUGAUAAUCAGAGGUCACGGGAUCAUCAUGUCUGGAUCACGGGUUGCUUUGUCUGAUGUUGCUUGGCUGUUGUUUCUUUUUCUCUACGGAUGCAGUGUACUAUUUUGUUAGUUUGUACACUGCUACUAUGUUAUGAAUUCACGGGUUGUACUUUGUUUCUACACUACUCUCAUGUCACGGGUUUUAUGUAACAAACAAGCAUAUAUUAAUAUGCUCUCUUCACGUAUGUUUCUAUAUGAGAACUCAACUUCUUCUCAUUGUUUCUCUGUAUGAAAAGAAAAAUUUCAUUGCUAAACUUAAACAGUUCCUAUAGUAUUUGAUUCGCACUUGAUCUACUACCAACGAAGAACACAAGAGCACUUGAACAUUUCCUUUUCUAUCUCAUUUCGAAAGAGUAAUCGGGUAUAUUUCACUACUUGUACAUUACUUAUUGGCACGUUUGUAUUGAAAAAAUAUUUAUCUUUUUGUAGUCAAACAUUGGCAAUAAGUUUAAAAUUGCCAUUUUAAAAAUUGUAAAAAUUUCAUGAGUUUAAAAUUUCACUAAGCUAUAGUUUAAAAAUAAAAAUUUCAUGAGUUUAAAACUGACAUGAGUUUAAAACUGACAUUUUAAAAAUUGUAAAAAUUUCAUGAGUUUAAAAUUUCAUGAGUUUAAAAUCCAUAAGUAUUUGGAUUUUGUAAGUAGAGUAUGGUAUUGUUUAAAACUCUAUAUAGUUUUUCGAUUUUGUAAUUAGAGUAUGGUAUUGUUUAAAACUCUUAACAUUUUAAAAAUUGUUAAACUUAAUUUUAUACUAGGCAGAUAAUAAAAUUUAAAAUUUUAUUAUAAUUUUUUUUUAAUAAGGGAAAAAUGUCAAGCUCCUCAAAUGAUGAAGUAUAUGAGGUAUUUGAAGAAAUGGUCGACGAACAAAUUGAUGAUUUCAUGGACUCCGUUAUUGCCAACAACCCGAAGAGACGAGGGUAUAUCGAAAGAGAUCGGGAACAAGGACACAAUCAACUAUGGCACGACUAUUUUAGCGAAAAUCCAACAUACCCACCGGAAAUGUUUAGGCGGCGUUUUCGAAUGAACAAACCUUUGUUCCUUCGCAUUGUCGAACGCCUAAAUAAUGAAGUUCCAUACUUUCAGCAACGAAGAAAUGGUCACGGAAGGUGCGGCCUAUCUGCACUUCAAAAAUGCACUUCAGCAAUACGAAUGUUGGCAUAUGGUAAAGCCGGAGAUGCGAAUGACGAAUAUCUCCGACUUGCGGCAAGUACUGCACUUUUAUGUUUGGAAAAUUUCACGGAUGCGAUAAUACUAUUGUUUGGAGGUGAGUAUCUAAGAAGACCUACACCAGAAGAUCUUCAAAGACUACUUGACGCUGGAGAGGCACGCGGGUUUCCGGGUAUGAUAGGCAGCAUCGAUUGUAUGCAUUGGGAGUGGAAAAACUGCCCAACGGCUUGGAAAGGUCAGUACACACGUGGUUCAGGAAAGCCGACAAUUGUCUUAGAAGCUGUGGCAUCACAAGAUCUUUGGAUAUGGCACUCAUUUUUCGGAUUACCAGGUACCCUCAACGAUAUCAAUGUUCUUGAUCGGUCACCAGUUUUUGAUGACAUUUUACAAGGUCGAGCCCCUAAAGUUAAGUUCAAGGUCAACAACCACACUUAUCGUAUGGCCUACUAUCUUACCGACGGAAUUUAUCCUAAUUGGGCAACAUUUAUCCAAUCCAUCAAACUCCCUCAAGGUCCAAAAGCAGAGUUAUUUGCUGAACGUCAAGAAUCCACCAGAAAAGAUGUCGAACGGGCUUUUGGAGUAUUGCAAUCGAGGUUUGCAAUUGUUAAAAACCCAGCUCUACUAUGGGACAAGGAGAAGAUAGGAAAGAUAAUGAGAACUUGUGUCAUAUUGCACAAUAUGAUAGUGGAGGACGAGCGACACGGAUACAUUCAAAUUGAUACAUCUGAGUUCGAGUCUGGAGAGUCUAGUCGAAGUUCGAAGGUGAAAAGUAGAGAAAGUGUCAAUGUCCCUAUGCUUACCAUUCGCAAUCAAAUUCGAGAUCCACAUUUACAUGAGCGUUUGAAAGCUGAUUUAGUUGAAAAUGUUUGGGAAAAAUAUGGUAAUCAUGAUGAAUAAUCUUUGUAUGUUCAUGAAUUCUCAAUGUAUUGAAUAAAAACUUUUAAGAAAUAUUAUAAAUUUUUUAUGAAUUGAAUUAAACCAAACUUUAUUCCAUUAUAUUGAAUAUUCACUUUUCAAAAUUUAAAAACCAAAUUUAUUUCCAUUUGAUUGAAUACAAUUCUCAUUAUAUUAAAUAUUCACUUUUCAAAAAAAAAAAAAUUAACCUUUUUUUUCAAAUCAAAAAUAUUAUUUUAUUCUUAUAAACUCACUUUCAGGUUUAUUGAUGGAGAAGCAGUAUUGAUCCGGGUUCAUCACUAUUCAGGCCCCACCAUUAAAUUAAUAAACAAUACUUAUGAACCCCAAGAGGGGGUUCAUUGAUGGACUUGCUCUUAGGUCGCUAAAAUGCUUUAAUACCGGAUGGAUGGGGGAAAUUAUUAAAUGAUAUAAUUAGGAAAAAGACUAAAAUUCAUAGCUUUAUUAUGGUUGUCUCCAGAUAGCUUAAAAUGAAAACCAAUAGGACCCAAACUUCAGU